GUUUAAUAACGCACGAGGAAAGGAUCUUGUUACAGAACGAAAAUCAGGAGAGUACGGACUCCGAACGUCAAGAUGAAGAAAUUUCGUCGAAGUGUGCCGAAAAUAAAUCACGCAAUAGGACCAAAUCGAAAGCUCCAGGUACGUCUCGUGCAAAGAGACAUAAACAAAUAGAGACAUAAAUAACGAAAUGACAGAUUAAAAACCACGUAUGAAAAAUAUUCAGAGAAUUCUCAGUCGGAAAUGCAGUCAGAAUGUCAAAAGAUGGAUGACGAGGUGUUAUCUCCAAGUAAAAUACACAAGAAACAUGUUUGACAAUUUGCACGAGCAACUGCAAGUACGAAGUUGUACGUCGCGUGGCUGCCAGAUUCGGAAUGAAGGAAGUUACGGAAGACAGUAGCUGGAAUCUUUAUUGGACGGAUUUGAGUAUCAGCAUAGAACGCGCCAAAGACAUGAAAAGAUUUCAAAAGAUCAAUCAUUUCCCGGGAAUGACGGAAAUAUGUCGAAAGGAUUUGCUCGCUAGAAAUCUAAAUAGAAUGCUGAAGCUGUUUCCGACGGAAUAUAAUUUUUUUCCAAAAACUUGGUGUUUUCCAGCCGACCAUGGCGAAGCUCUAGGUUACUCGAAGCUGAGACGUUCCACAACUUUCAUAAUUAAACCGGAUACCGGAUGUCAAGGACGUGGUAUUUAUUUAACGAAAAAUCUUAAGGAUAUAAGACCUUACGAGAGGAUGAUUUGCCAAGUUUACAUAGCCAAGCCGUUUCUGAUCGACGGAUAUAAAUUUGACUUGCGAGUUUACACGCUUAUUACUUCUUGCGAUCCUUUGCGAAUUUAUGUGUAUAACGACGGACUGGCAAGGUUCGCGACAAGCAGAUACAAAGAACCAACCGGUCACAAUACCUCCAAUGUUUUUAUGCAUCUAACGAAUUAUGCUGUAAACAAGCACAGCCGAAUGUACGUCGUGGACGAUGAAUCCGGGAGUAAAAGAAAAAUAUCGAAGCUAAACAAUUAUCUGAGAGCUAGAGAAGUUGACGUGGAUGAUAUGUGGUGUAAAAUCGAUGAGAUUAUAAUAAAAACAAUAUUAGCAGCAUAUCCCAUAUUAAAGCACAGUUAUCACACGUGUUUUCCAACGCACGAUUUGACAUAUGCUUGUUUUGAAUUACUGGGAUUUGAUAUUCUGCUCGAUUGGAAAUUAAAGCCUUACUUACUUGAGGUUAAUCACUCACCCAGCUUUCACACGGAUGCUCAAAUUGACAAAGAUAUCAAGGAAUCCUUGCUCAAUGACACUUUCCACAUGCUGAAUUUCCAUGAAUGCGACAAACGAAAAAUAAUCGAAGAGGACAGGAAGCGCGUUCGGGAAAGACUGUUGCAAGGUAUCGGAUCGAAGGACCAAAGCUUAAACGAUAGUUCCGUGGGUCUGACAAAAGUCGAAAAACUCGAUGACAAUUUUGAAAAACAAUUUAAGUGGGAGGCCCAGCAUAUAGGAAAUUUUCGAAGAAUUUACCCAGGACCUGGAACUGAGAGAUACGAACCGUUUUUCAAGCAAACAGGCAGUACGAUGUUUCAGGAUACAGCAGCAUCCAGAGCAAGAGAAGAGGCAUCUAAAAUACAAAGAGAAGAAUCCGAGAUAAAAUUAAAAGAGCAAAAUGCUAGGAGGGUUCUUGGAAAGUGGACCGAGCAAAAAGUUCGUCCCGAGAGUCCAGUAGGAAUGAAGAAAUGUACAAGCUCGUCAAUUGGUCCAAACAAAAGUAAAUUGAUAACAACAAAAAAGAGUCAACUCAAUAUAACGUUAAAGAAACCCACGGUACCAAGUAACAGUUUAUACUCCUUCGAACCGGAAGUAAUUAGCGACUCCGAGGAAAGAGAACGUAAAAAUGGAAUAGCUCAAAGAGACUUUUUGAUUAAAAGUUACGGGAUGUUGGAGCAGAUCUACAUAGCUUUAAAGCAGCAUGGCAAUCUCAGACCGGAGGACGAAAAGAAAUAUGGUCUUUAUGGGAAAUUGGGUUACGGCAAUGAUAUCCCCAAAAGCAUAUGCACGUUAGGACGAAAAAUGCAUUAUAACUACGAAUGCAAUCAUCACGUGGACAUUAAGCAGGAAAUAAGUGAACUUAACAAUCGCAAUUGCGAAUACUUUGCAAAGUGUAGAAAGAUGGCGGAAGGACGGGAGUCGCAUCCUGUAGAUAGAAACUUGAAGAUAACAUGCACUGAGGCAACAUUUUACACAAGACCGAAUUGUACGAUAGAAAAAUUGUGCAGCGAACACGACAGGGAUGUUCGUAUUAACAGAGGUCAAAGAGCACGCACCUCGGCGAAUUGCGCGAGAGGAGACAGAAUGACGUAGUCGAAUUUACGACCGUGAACCACGAUGAUUCCCAUGAAUGCACUUUUCCAUUUUCCUUUACAUCACCUCUUUUGUACAUAAACUCCUAACCGGAAACGUUGCGAUUCCAUGCACCAUGGUUCUUAUAAUGUAUAACAACUUUUAUUGCUGAUAUAUAUUUUUGUAUUCACAUGAUAAAAAAUAAACUAUGAACAAUUUGUUGCGUGUCGAGAGGCGAGACUCCUCUUGAUUGCUCGGUCGAGUCAAAAUUGUAAAAGUAUAAAUCAUAUAACUCGUACAGUAGACAUGUCGAAUUUUCAUUAAAUUUUUAUAAAGACGCAAAAGCCGAUAGUACACAAUAA